UCUUCCUCCAUUUUCUUAAAUAGUAAAGACAGAUUUGUGAUGCCAGGACAUACAAAACAGAGUCGGAAACGGCGAACUUAUCGAGAUUAUUCUUAUGAGGAUGAAAAACGUAUACGUGAAGAGAAUCGCAGCAAACUUAAAUGUGAUCGUGAGGAGCGCGCUAGACGACGAUCACGCAACAGAAAUGACCAAUACUAUCAAAUGGAUAUUGAGAAGGCUUGUGACAUAUCAAAGAAUGGCCCACAGAAGAACAGCACUGCUUCCUCAUCCAAUGCCAGCAAACGGAUAUCUCCUCCUAAGAAAAAGUCAAAAGUAAGCAAUCGAAAUACAAAAACUAGCAAUAGUCAACAACAAUUAUCUACCGCUCAAUCAUCUUCAGUGGCCGUUGUUAUUCCAUCAACUGUCCAUACUAAACCACAACAAGUAGUAGUCCCGCAACCAAUUAUUCCGCCUCCAAUACAUGAUGACAAAGAAGGACAUUUAAUUUAUUAUAAUGGACAAGUUAUCGAUUCUCGAUUUGAAAUUGUUAAGACACUUGGUGAAGGAACAUUUGGAAAAGUUGUGCAAGUCAAAGACUUAUGCCGUACUGAUUCUGUUAAAUCUGCACCAAAAGCUUUAAAAAUCAUCAAAAAUGUUUCAAAAUAUAGAGAUGCUGCUAGACUUGAAAUUAAUGUUCUUAGAAAGCUUAGAGAAAAAGACCCAGAAGGAAAUCAUUUGGUUAUUCAAUUACUCGACAGUUUUGAUUAUCACGGACAUAUGUGUUUGUUGUUUGAUUUGUUGGGUCUGAGUGUUUUUGAUUUUAUGUUAAUUCACGCUGUUAAAUUUCUUCACGACAAUCGUUUAACACAUACAGAUUUAAAACCUGAGAAUAUUCUUUUCGUCUCUAGUGAUUUUGUGACAAUGGUAAAUGGAGAAGAUGGAAGGCGUACACGAAAACCUGAUGCAACUGUUCGGCUAAUUGAUCUCGGCUCGGCUACAUUUGAUCAUGAGCAUCAUUCAACAAUUGUUUCUACUCGUCAUUAUAGAGCACCCGAAGUUAUUUUAGAGCUCGGUUGGGCCCAACCUUGCGAUGUGUGGUCAAUAGGGUGUAUUAUGUUUGAGCUUUAUACAGGACAGACACUUUUCCAAACACAUGAUAAUCGCGAACAUUUGGCUAUGAUGGAAAGAAUUCUUGGAAAAAUACCUUACAGAAUGGGGCAUAAAACAAAAACAAAAUAUUUUUAUCAUGGCCGUUUAGAAUGGGAUGAUCGGACGUCGGGCGGCCAGUACGUGCGGGAUCAUUGCAAACCUUUAAUUCGUUAUAUGCAGUCUAAUUCAGACGCUCAUCAGCACUUGUUUAACUUGAUUCACCGAAUGCUUGAAUAUGAACCAAAUUCUCGUAUCCAAUUAAGUGAUGCUCUUCGCCAUAUUUAUUUUAGUCGACUAGAACCAGCUCAACGUGCAAGUGUUGAUGGGGGAAAGUUAAAUGAUUUUGUAAAUGGUGAUCUGUCUAAUAAAAGUGUUGCUUCUUCAUCUUCAAUACGAGAUUGA